AUGGCUCCUCCAGAGACCGCCGCAUCCCCCUUCCGCUUCGCUUUCCCUCUCCUCGCCGUCCUCACCGUCCUCGUCUCUCUCUUCUCUCGCCCCGCUGUGCAGCUGUAUGCUUUCCGCAACAAGGAUCGCGUCGCCAGCCUCACGAGAUAUGCGAACAACAGUUCUAUCAACAGCGAUCAUUGUGCCGUCAACUACGAUGCCAAUGCGUGCGAGGAUGUCGUUGUCCACUUUGCCUCUAGCACCGCCUUCAUAGCGUGCGGCAAUCCUGCCGAACGUGUGCACUGGUAUCCCCCGGCGUGUGCGCACAAUGCGGCCGCGAGGAGCGAGGAUUCCUUCCAGGAAGACCUGUUCAAGUAUGAUAUCAAAAAGAAGAGGACAACGAAGCUCCGAAUCGAGGGGUUGAGUGGUGACUUUAUCAACCAUGGCGUCGAUGUUUACGGCUUGCCUGAAGACCCGACCAAGGUCAAUAUCUUUGCUGUCAACCACGGCCGGGGCGGGGAUUCUAUAAUGAUCUUCUCGCACGUCCUUGGUUCGGACAGCGUACAGCUCGUAAGACAGGCCAGACAUCCAGGGAUUAAGACAGCAAACGGAGUUGCUGCAGUCGGCCCGUUCGGUUUCUUCAUAACGAACGACCACUAUUUUGCUGGUGGCAUCCUACGAAAGAUCGAGGACUUCUUUGGGCCUUGGCCUUGGGCUACAGACGUUCAGUACUGCGAUGCUAGUGGUGAUGCUACUGUUUGCCACCGUGUCUCAGAGCGGCACCCCGGAUUCAACGGCAUUGCGGUAUCGAAGGACAAGAAAACACUGUUUGUCGGCGACUCGAAGAUCGGAGUUCUGACCAUAUUCAACAUCACGGAAGAUAAGUCGCUAAUCAAGGCGAAUUCCAUUCCACUAGGUGGGGCAGCAGAUAAUAUCAAACUCCUCCCAAAUAACGGCGACAUAAUUAUUUCGAUCUUCCCAAUACUUGAAGACCUGCCCCUCUAUAAAGCCAAUGUACAUUCGCUGGGAAAGGACCUGCUCGUUCCCACUGCGGCAUUGCGUCUGCGCAAAAAAAAUGGAUAUACGCCCGAGCUGGUGUAUAAGGGCGACGGGUCAGGGAUCAGCUACAUGACGGUUGCAGCAAUUGAUCCGAACAACCGUGUGCUGAUUGCAGGAGGUGUGCUGCAGUAUGGCGGCUUCGCGGUGUGUAACUUGGAUGAGAAGACACUUGUGUGA